GCAUAUCACCUUUCCCCAACUUUUCUUCUUUUGGUUCAUUUCUUCAAACCUUAGGGUUGAUCAUUUUUGCUGCAGGAUUUUUCACUUGCAACUGGGUUGUUUAGAGAUGAGUAUAGAGAGAGAUCAAAAUGUUUUCAACCAGAAAGAAAGUGAUGAUCAAUUUGUUGACUGGAAAGGAAGAAAGGCAAAUCCUGGAAAGCAUGGUGGAAUUACAGCUGCUGCCUUUGCAUGUGUUGUUGAGGUGUUUACCAACAUGGUCUUCUUGGCCAAUGCCAUUAACUUUAUCACUUACUUCAAUAAGUCAAUGCAUUAUCCACAUGCUACAUCAGCAAAUAUGGUGACCAAUUUCAUGGGGACUUCUUUCUUGCUCUCCAUCCUGGGAGGCUUCAUUGCUGACUCAAUCUUCACAAGAUUCACAACCUUUAUCGUCUUCUGUACAAUUGAGUUGCUGGGGCUAAUCUUGCUGACAAUCCAAGCUCAAAAUCCGCAAUUUCGACCGGCGUUGAAUGAAAAGCCUUCUCAGUCUGAAGCAGCCAUUUUGUACACUGGCCUUUAUAGCAUGGCUGCUGGUGUAGGUGGAAUCAAUGCCUCCUUGCCUGCCCAUGGUGCUGAUCAGCUUGAUCACGGCAACCAGAGGCUCAUCUCGGCCUUCUUCAAUUGGUUUUUCUUUUCCCUCUGCCUUGGGGGCCUCAUAAGCUGCACUGUUAUGGUUUGGGUGGAAGAGAACAAAGGCUGGAACUGGAGUUUUACUAUCACAGCCAUAGUCUUGAGUUUGGCACUUUCAAUUUUCAUCAGUGGGAGCCCAUUUUAUAGACACAAACUUCCUGGUGGAAGUGCAUUGACAAGAAUCAUUAAGGUACUAGCUUCUGCAGCUCGAAACUGUAAAGCCUCACCAGAAGAGAGAGUAGAAAACCAGUAUGCAGUAUCUGCAAUCAAUCCAAACAGAGUUGAUGGAAAAUCCCAUAACAAGUUCAAGUUCCUAGACAAGGCAUUGAUUGACAACACAAUUAGUGAAGCUCAAGUUGACGAAACAAGAACUUUUCUUGGCCAUCUACCAAUCUUUGCAAGCACAAUCAUGAUGAACUGUUGCCUAGCACAACUUCAGACAUACUCAGUGGUGCAAGGGGUCCUAAUGAACCGAAAACUACACAAUUUUGAAAUCCCAACUCAGUCACUAAGUGUGCUCCCCCUCUCCAUUAUGCUUGCUUCUAUUCCCUUAUACGAAAAAUUCCGACGAAUUUUAAGUUCCAAGAAAUCAGAAAAAAUCCACAUUUUCCAACCACUUUGGAGGAUAGGCCUGGGGCUAGCUCUUGCAUCAGGAUCGAUGGCUGUAGCUGCCCUAGUCGAAGCUAAGAGGCGCGAGGCGGCUCUGGACAAUGCCACAUUGUCUGUGUUCUGGCUUGCCUGGCAGUUCAUGUUGCUUGGAGUCUCAGACAUGCUCACACUUGGAGGCAUGCUUGAGUUCUUUUACUCAGAGGCACCUGAUAGCAUGAAAAGCACGUGCACUGCCUUGUCAUGGUGCUCAACUUCCAUGGGCUACUUUUUGAGCUCUGUGCUGGUGUCCAUAGUAAAUUCAGCCAGUGGAAGAUUUGGAAGAGAAUGGCUUGGAGGAAAUGACAUAAAUCACUCACGUUUGGAUCUUUUUUACACCCUUCUCAGCAUUCUCAACACCCUCAAUUUCCUCAACUACAUGUAUUGGGCUAAGCAGUAUUAAUUAGGUUAGGUGUGACAAAUGUUAAUUAAAACUGUAUGUAACAUCUCAUCAUGAACUUAAUUAAAAUUUUAAAGUUUAAACCAAA